ACGUUAUCUGGGCUUGUAACAGUUAACCAGAGGCGAACUUUUUGAUAACGCGAUUGCAACGCUCGUCGGUGACGCAAUGCAAAAUUCGAAAGCGAAACUGCCGGAAGUGCGGAGAGAGGGCGCCAGCGGCUUCCGUAAGCACCUCAACUUUGGUUUGGUUCGCUUUUGAUUGCUUUCGCGCAUUGCGAAGAUGGCUAGCGAAGAUGUAGCCGUAAAGCGGGUAGCCUUAUGUUCAGCUGUAUUUGCUGGCUUUGCCUACGUCGGUUACUCGAUCUUGAAAACAGCGUUUUGCUUUAAGGGCAAUGGUAGAGACGACAAAGGAUCUCGAAAAUUGGUGAAAUUGAAAAAGAAGAGAAAACUCAAAGGAGAACAGCCAGAACGUGACAUGAGCCACCGCUCAAGUCAGACAGAUCUUAGCGUCCCACCCGAAGAGUACAUCACAAACUCCCCAGCCGAGCUGCAUUUCAUCCCAAAGUCAGUGCGUGCCAAAGUGCGUGAACUGAACCUCAAGGCUCGCAUGUUUGACGACCAGUAUUUUGCUCGCAUCUUCAAGCCCCGCAGCUUGCAAAACUCCCCUUGGGGCUCGCCCAAGGCCCUGAGCCCAGUUGCCGAUGGCAGCAGCAACAACUGCUACCUAAGUCGCUCAGCCGAAAACGUCCACUUGGGCCCACCUUCACCACUAAAGAGGAGAAAUUCGGGCCGCUCAGCGAGGUCGUCCCCUCAUGCCUCUCAGCACUGGCAGUGCAAUGACUUGAGCGCCAAUCACUUGAGCGCCAAUCUCAUUAGAGAGAAGUCUCUCUACCGUGCAGUUGUGAAGGACACCGAUGAGCUCCUCCAAGAGGUGCUUCAUGGGCUGUACAACAAGGCAAGGGUGAUGACCCUGUACGAAGCAAAAUGUCUUGCAACACUGUUGAUGUCGGGAAAUGAAGACGUCCUCGUAAAGACCCUGACAACAAUGUCGAAUUGCGCAGCAUUCACAAUUAAUCAGGACUACCUGUGUGAAGUUGGGUGCCUACCGCUGUUGAAGGACCUCUUGGACCAUGACUGCCUUGCAGUGCAAGUCGCAGCUACCCAGGCCAUUGCCAAUAUGGCUGUUAAUGAGAGAAACCAAGGGCUCUUGCAGCCAUGCAUCCCUCUGCUGCUGUCAGCUGCUGUUUCACGGGAUGGGGGCUGUUACCUGCAGACAGUGUCGCUGCUCUGCCUGACCAACCUGGCACUCUGCGACGAGACACACGAGGCCUUCCGUGGCCGUCUUUAUCACUUGUGCAUCCUGGUAGAGACAGCAGACGACAUUGUGCGGCUCCAGACGCUAAAGCUACUCGUCAACUUGUCUUGCAACUCCCGCAUGGUCCCCUACUUGCUGGCCGCCAAGGCACCACAGAACCUGUUUUCACUGCUGGAGGACUCAAAUCGGGAAGUGACACUUCGAGUGCUGACCUACCUGGCAAACAUUGUCAGCUAUGCAGUCAAGAAGAAGCUCAACCUAUUGGACUUGCCCUCAGAGUACAGGGCAGCUGCCCCCGAGACCCUGUACGCAGCACUAUGGGGUACCCCUUCCAAGGAGCAUCUACAAGCCAAGACACGAACGCUUGUUCUCAGAGCAGACUGAAGACAUCAGCUUUCAGGCUGGCCGCAUCUUUGAUGCUUUGAUGAGGUAACUUAUCCCUGUGUUAAAGCAGCUUAAUGUGGUAGCGCUCCGUUCCAAGUUGCGGGCCGUAACAACGGCUGCAGGCACAUGUGUUUGUGUGCGCUGCCUCAUUGUGGGUCACAGACUACUUGUCUUUGCUUGAUAAGACGACGAGUUUAUUCUGCUUCACCAUGAUUAUCAUUGCCCUUCUCCAUUAUUGGUUUAAACAUUGCCACAGUCACUUUGAUUGCCUAGUCACUACUUCAGAUUAAAAAGUUUAGUAGCUCUCGGUGAAAAGAAUUGUAUUAUGAGAGUGCAAAAUUAUCCUCAAACUCAUCAAGUGAUGUUGGAACAGGAAGGAUCCAUGAGAGCCACCGUUGCUUCUUGUGCAAAAGUAGGUGUUAUUGUUCCCCUAGUCUUUUUGACUGGAAAAUUGUCAGUAAGAUGGCAGGAACGUCUUGUUGGAUUAAGUUUGCCUAACAGAAUCCAAAGACCCAACAAAAGCAGUUUGAAGGUCACUGUAAGAUCAUUGGAUAACUGAUAAAGGCCGUUCGAAAUCCAGUGAAAGUCGUUUUGGAUUCAAAAUAACUGAAGGUCUUAAAAAAAAAAAAAAAAGAAUUGCUCUCUUGCGGCAACUUGUUUCUAACUCUGGCCUCUGCAGCUGAGGCACAUAGGAGAGAUGAACAUGCUAAAUGCUAAACUGUUGCUUAAUUCGCAAUCUUGAUAGUUUAUGUUUGGAAUAUGCAUCCCACAGGUCUGUCUCACGUACACACGUGUGACGAAGACAAUAGCAAAAGAAUAGAAAGCACAUGCAGGAUAUUACAACUUGCAACUAGCAGGAAUUGGUGACCUAGCGCCGUAUUGUCGGCCAAUCACGUUCGAUCACAUCAAUUUCAGUGUGCAUAUUCCAUUGGUUAGUCAGCUAACAGGUCGCCCUUUACACCAUUAAUUAAGACGCCACACUAGACAUUAUGUCAUGCAAAAGUAAAGGUAUCCUCAGUAAGUAAUUGGCUCAGAAUUCUGCCUUUGGUGUGGUCUGUGGCUAAUCUGGCAGGAGAGAAACAAAGGCAGACCGAAGAGAUCGAGAUUGGCUGUCAUGUGUGGCAGUUAAGACGAGAGAGGCUCGUUUGGCAAGGCGGCAAGAGUUCCAUCUGUGAUAUCUUGACACAAACGCACAAUGGUAUUGAAGGUAUCAUUCAGAAGACAUAUAAUUCAAAUGACAAUUUUUUAUGUUUACACCCACUUCAAAAUGUGGGGUAGGCAAGGUUUUAUUUCUGCGAUUUUCAGCCUAAAGGUGCUUGGAACUAUUUCUUAACCAGGCAGUGAAUAUUGUGGGAGAUAAUUCCGAUUUGGUGCUUUAGGCUUGGCCGCCAAGUAUUUGAGCCAGUAUCGAUCGAUUGAUUGAUUGGUUAGGCUUAAUGUCCCAAAGUAACAAAGACGCUACAAGGGACAUCGUAGAUGAGGCCGCCAGAAUAAUUUUGACCGCUUGAGUUUCUUAAAAGAAGACCCAAACUUCGGUACACAAUUGUUUUUGUGUUCCCACAUCAGAAUGUGGCCACCAAUGUCGAGGUUCGAAUCACCAGCCUCAUGGCCAGCAGCAGAAUGCCAUAGAGACUGUGUGGUGGGUGAGCCAUUGCAGAAAGCUUGCCCCAAACAUCAAGCAACGUAUUCCUCGAGCAGAUUUUUUUCCAUGGUGUCUUGGAUGCAAAGUGAGCGAGGCAGCGGCAGAGUAAGUUUGGCAAUGGCUCUACUUCGACAUCUGGUCAUGCUGCUCAGAGCUUAUAGGGAAAAGGUGAGCAGGUAUGAACUUUUAAUUUUAAGUUUCAGGGAUUAGCGUCUUGAAACUGCACAUUGAGUUAUGAAGGACACGCUGUAGUGGAGGGCUUUGGAUUCACUUUGACCCCCCUCCCCCUGGGGUUCUUUAACCUGCAUCCAAAGCACAGUGCACACAUGUUUUUUAAUUCCUCCCUUGUCAGAAUCCACCUGCCGUGUUAGGGAGUUGGACCCGCAACCUCGUGCUCCGCAGUGCAACACCAUAGGCACUGAGCCACUGCGGUGGGUCACAGUCAGGAUUAAUGAAACGCCAACAGGCACUAGUUCUCCAAGUGUUUGUACGUCUCUUUGCUUUUCGUAAUCUGUGACUUUAGUUGCUGUAUGCAACGUUACAUUAACUUAGAUUUGUAAAAAUCAACUCUUAGUUUAUUUUUGAGGUCUCAAAAAGCCUGUCCCCAUUGUGGUUGCACUGCAUUGCAUUCGUAUGUGGUAAUCACUUGCCAUUGAACUUAGCGGAUUUGAAAACAGGGGUCAACCUCGCUGCGUAUGUGCACGCACUAGAGGAGCUUCUGAAUAAGAAGUUGAGUGGUUGGGUGGGCUGUUCUCAGAAUAACUCAUUACGCAGCAGCACACAAAGGCAGGGCGAACAGGCAGAUGAGACGUCAGACAGCACUAGCUUCCAACAUGUUUUAUUCAGGAAGCUGCGUUAAAUACACACAACAGACCAUUACCUUAUUAUCAACAGAACCAUUGUGUGCAACCAUUCUGUGCAGCCAUUGUGUCAAGGAAGGAGUUAUCUUCACCCACGUCUGAGAAAUCAUAGCUUCUUUGAUAACACAAUCGAAAGCGUGCUGAAACUGACAUCGCCCGAGUGUGCAACCUUUCUGGCCCUGAUAAUUUCUCAUGUUAUACAAUCCCUGUGUUAAUCAGACUGAUUCACUCGUUUAACACAAGACAAGGCACCCACACAUGCUGCAAUGAGCUGACAGCCAAACAUUGUGUGUAUGCUUUACAUCUUAAUUACAGAUUAAGAGAACAUCAUUAUAAUGUGAAACCAUAAACAAUACAUUAACAAACGAAAUACUGAAACCAUAAACAAUUAGUUGUAGCUUUUUAAGUGUCUUGGUCAUAACACGUACAGAAUAUAAGCGUUUUUUCCUUUGCAGGUAGCUAUUACAGAUUACUGAAAGUUUAAGACUUGAAGACCUGAUGUAUUAAUGGGGAUAACCCGUGAACACAAGUCUUGAGACUUGAACAACUUGUGUAUUAAUUAAUGGGCAUACCCUGUAAAUCUCCCGAAGAGUAACAUUAACAUUGCUGCAGCUCCUCACAUUUGUGUGUAAUACUACAAAGCUGUGGCGAGUUUGUAUGCUUCAGAAUUAUCACGAGUGCUUUUUGUAGUGCUUAAGUUUAUUUUCUAUAUCACCUGUGUGCUGAAAAAUGGCACUUAGAUGCUUCUCCAGGAGCAUAAUUAUCCUGAUCAUUUUGGAACUGCGAGGAUGUUGUGAUGCAAAAUGGACUGGCACGAACUCCUCUUCUUUGUUGCAUUGUAAUGGGGCUUGUGUACUUGCAUUUUAAUUUUUUAAUGUCUUUUAAAAGUGUUUUCAUUCAUCUGAGAGAGAACAUUGGUGCACUGUGUGUGUCACGAUAAAGGAACACAUUUGUUUUAAUGUGUUACGUAUACAAAUAGUUCUGUCAUCUAGUGAUUAUGAACAUGAGUUCUCGGAACCUGGUCAGAGACCUUUGUUGACAACAUUGUUGGCUGUGUGUGUGUGGUUUUGUUUUUGAGUUGUUCCGUUUGAUAUUCUGCGAUUUGCUGGGCAUGUCUUACCAAAAACCCUUAUUCCCUCUCAGAUAUUUUAUGCUUUUGAGUUGCAUUUCUAGAGCAGCCCUUGAACUGCUUUAGAAUGCAAGCACUGUGGAAUACAACUCCAUAUGCCUGAAAGUCUCCAGGAGAAACUGUUAUAAUUGCUUGCACUAUAAACAGCUGAAUUCCAUUAAUUGACCCUGAUAGGGAUAUACAGAUUUGAUUCAAAUUAUACAAUAUUUUACACGAAAAGUGUUUAACAUGUAUUAACUGUUUUUGGUGCAUUUGAACAUGAUAAGGUUAAACAGUGGGCGGAUCUACGUUGAAGCAAUGCGUAUUUGCCAACUAUCCCAAAUUUUCCAUAAUGUUAACAAAUUUGGACACAUAACUAUUUUACGAAUGUUUUGUCAAGUUGUAUGGAAAAUACUGUUGCAAAAAGGCUUUGCUCAGUGGCAUCCAACCAUACUUUUGGAAGUCUUCUGACAGUGAAAGGACACCAGAGGGGGGGGGGUACCUGCUUUGAGCAAGUCGAUUCAAACGAUUUCCUGAAGCAGGUGAAAUCAACAACAGCAUAACAUAACAGCAUAUUUGCUGAAAAAGUCGCAGUGUGUUGCUCGUCAAUUUGUGCUGUUCCAAUUUUGCUGCUGCUUGUGUGCCGAGUGUAAAAGUAAAUCAUCGUUAAUGCAGUGUAUAUGUAUCCCACAGAAGGUGUGCGGUCUGGACGAAAAAAAAAAAAAAAAAAAGAAACUGCGUUAUCCCCUUUCCCCUCCUUCUUGCUUUGUAGUGUCCACUGGAUUUUUACAAAUUUCACAGUUCACAAUUUGGCAGGUAUGAGUAAUAUAAGUUCUGCAGCAUGUCAAAACACCGAAUGAAAAGCAGAGAAAUAAGACAGUGUUGUUUCUUGUUCCUGUUGUGCCACUGUCUUGUUCCACUGUGAGCCAGCUAGACCAAACACUGCUGGAAGCUGAUAAAGAACCUCUUAUUGGUAGUAAAGCGCAACAUUCUUUGCUUGCUACAGGGCCACUGUAAUCAGCAGUGGCACUAGCAACCUCAUUGAGUAUUUGCCCUAUAGCGACCAUGACGGCAUUGCACUCGACAUGUAGUUAGAUACCAGACUGUUGCGAUGCUAGUUAUUGUUGUUCGACUAAGAAUAAAGAGAGAAUGUAUUUAGUCAUACUGCAUGAUGACUUCUCAGGGCAUUUCUGGGAAAGUAAAGAACUGGCUUGCAUUCCUAAUUUACUGAUACCUUAGGUAGAUAAAGUAAGACCGACUGUAAAUAAAGUGUCUCGGUUAUAGCUACUUGGCCUUGCCAAGGGUGCGCCGCCUUCCCCUCGUGUUACAAUUGUGAUAAGCCGUGACAGCAGUGCUUAAAAGAUUUUGAGUUGAUGCAGCUAGUCUUUUUUUGAUCCUCUGGCUUCUAAAUGUUUUAAGUGUGCAGUGUUUGUACAUGUGCAAUGCUGAACAAAGCUUGGCAGUGUCAGAUGUACAGCUCAUACAAUUCAUUCAUUACUUGUGGCAUUUUGUUUCGUGUGAUACAGUCGAACCUCAAUACAACGAACACAGAUAUAACGGAUAUUCAGAUAUAAUCAAGUAAAUGUGAAAUAUUUCUCACUGAUACCAGCAUGUACCAAAUAUGUGCUCAUAACAAAGAUCAGAUAUAUUGAAGGUAUUUUCGUGCUAAAUGCAGGUUCGACUAUAUCUCAGAAGCAGAUACAAUAAACCUUCGUUUAAUGAAAUCACUUUAGUCAAAGUUCUACAGAGUCCCGAUUGCAGUGCAUACAUUCCAUACUGGAUCAUUCAAAGUGGAGUUGUGCCAGAGUCUGUUUGGUACCAAGCGGCAAAUCUGCGCAGGACAGCUUGGUGCACUUUGCUUUUCUUCAUGUCAACCUGGAUGGGCAAAUGCUGCUGUGAAUGCCAUUCCACCACAUGGCAGCAGCUCAUUGGGACAGUGGUUGUAUCAUGUGAUCAUAACUGAGAGAUAAUGUGGCUGCCAAUAGGUGUCAUCAGAAUCUCGCUGCUUUUAUGUUGCCACCAUUCAGUGCAACUUCAUUUCAAUGGACUAUAUCGUGGACAAAAUCCAAAACACAAUAUUAUAAGGUAGAACACCUCUUAAGAAUACCAUGUAAGUCCGUUUAUGUAACACUACUAUCACAUAGCCAAUGAUGAUGUGGGCCUCGAACUAUGCGUACAAGCUGAAGUAAUGCCGACAACACGCGAAGGCUUCUCCGUGGAAACGAAAUAAUGCAUUCUAAUUAGCCCUAACUUGUUCUAUUUCAUUUGUCUGUGAUGGUACGUUUUAUGAGCCCUCAGGACAGUUGUAAAAACCAGUCAAAAGACGAAGGACAGAGAAGAGACGUGGCACACGCGACGACUUCCAGGAGUGCGCACUUCCUGUGCUACUGUGGCUCUUUUAGAGCCUCUGCUUUUAAUGACGUGCUGCUUUAACUCCAUUUCCUGUCCCAAUUAUUUCAUUGUAACGAGGGUUUACUGUAGCUGUAUGUCCUGUUAUUAGCUUUCAUUACCAAGGUUUUGCCCCACUCAUGUGAGCAUGUGAACUCUAUGCAGGCUUGUAAGCAGGUGCAAGGAUGUUGCACACUGUAGAUAGGGCAAGCUCAACACGCAUUGUAAAACAGAUGUAUAGCAGAAGCGUAUAGCGUACUUUCUGCAUAGUGAAACUGCAGCUCUUGCACCAAGCUCAUUUCAUUUGAAUUUCACCGAGUGCAGGAAUGCGAGUACAAAAUGAAUGACAGCAAUACAUACUGGUUCAUGGAUAACAGCUUGGAAUUGCAAGGGAACAAAGAAAGGUAUUUUUGUCUGCUGGUGUUUCAGGAAUGUCUUAAAGAUUGCAUAUGCUGCAUCUUUACUUGCUUGUUUUAAAAAAAAAAAUGUAUUGUGAGCUGUAUUUCAAACUGUCAUUUUGUCAGGUGCUGCAUUCCACAUUAAUGCACCUGUGCUUUUGGCAUGAGAGGAGCAUGUUCAAGUGAGAAUCAGGCAUUUGUAAUAAAUAGAAAGCUGUCCAUUCAAAUCACUUAGUCACUUCUCUAACCAGGCAUUUGAACAUUUGUCAAGCUGUUUAUCUGGCCCAUAUGUAUUAGUGUGUUGUAAAAUGCUGCUUAAAUAUCCACCGUAAACCAGAAUUAGGCUGGUUUGUGUUAACAGCAGGUUCAAUACUGUCAUACAAUGUGGUACCAUUUGGAAUACAGCUAAUUUGGGAAAAUGGUUUCAAUUCUAAGUUGGUAUGCUGGGGCCGUAUUCUGAAACGUUCGCCUAGGCGAAAUUUUUUCGCUUUCAGGGUGCGUGCUGAUUGGCUGGUUGAGCAAAAUUGAAUGACGUCGGGCUCAAGCACCCAAUCAGCUCAUCCAAUUUUGCUAAAACAGCCAAUCAGCGCACGCCUGAAAGCGAAAAAAGAAAUUUCGCCUAGGCGAACGUUUCAGAAUACGGCCCCUGUGCCCAUUAUCAUAGGGCAUUAUUUAUUGCCUCGUGUAAAUAUAAUUUUAUGUGUGUGUAUGUAUGUGUGCGCGCAUCGUCACUGCUGUGUAUUUCGUUUGUCGUCUUAUUGUUGUUAGACAUACUGCAUGCAUACAUUACCUUCGAACCUUGUGAGUACGAAAGCGACUGACAGUGCACAUGGGAUUGGGAGAACUGACCUGUAACUAGCGAGGAAACAGCAUUUGCCUUGUUCGAAGGCUGAACUGUAUUGCGCAAUAGCUUUUGUGAUCCAUUAUCCUAGUUGUAAUUCAGUGCACUGCGUUUAUCCAGCAGCCACGGCAUGCAGGCGGCGAUAAUUGGCCGGCAGCCUUAAGUGAAACUGUUACAUUAUUUUUGAUGUAGUUAUCUUCACUAAUGCUAGUGCUUUAAGCGGAAUAUGUUCUUCAAAAGUCAGUAUCGACUGGACCGCUUGCGAAACGCCCAUUUUGUGUCCUAUCGCUGUAUUGCAUUGUUGACAAUAAACAUAUUUCCGUUACA